AUGGAGGAAUCGGUUUUCUACGAUAGAAGCGAGGUUUUUGAAGGAGAUGUGCUAUUUUCGCGUUGCAGCGCGCCAAGAAGUCCCGAACGUUUUGCAUACGCUAACCCUCUUCCCAGUGUUAUCGAGCGCACGAACAAUACCAUCAUAGCGCAUGGCUGGCUCGAUUUCUUAAUGUUCAUGAAUGGCUCGCUGGUGACAGUACUGAAUAUGACCUGGAAUGGUUUACAGGGUUUCCAGACACCACCGACUGAGCCAUUGUAUGUUCCCUACCACUAUGGCUUGGAUGAGGUGACGAACUCUACGAUAGCCCCAAGACCAUUUACGCUCGAUGCUGGGGCUGGGCACUUGGGAAUAGCCCACACUGAGCGAGGUUUAACAUUCACGACCGUCUACUUGGCGGGGCAUGAAAUCCCUCGAUAUGCUCCAGGCGCAGCGUAUCGUCAGCUUGAAUUCUUCUGGGACGAAUCCAGAGCCAAUCCGAGCCGGGAGAGUACACAACCUAGCUAUUAA